AGUUUUCAUAUUGAUUAGUUCUCAUCGACACGAACUCUUACCCAAUAUACAAUCUAAAUAUUUACUGACGCCCUGCAAAUGUACACCUGAGGAAAAACUACACGGAUGCGUGCAGGUGUGCCGCUCUUCACAGCCGGAAGCGGCGUGUAUGUGUGUGUAUAUGUGUGUAAGUGUAUGUGUGUGGUAACACGUCAGUUUGGAUGAACUCAUGAGUAAAGCAGGCCGAGAAGUUUUACCGCAAAUGCACACUGAAUAUCUCCUCAGUCUGGAUAUCGGUUGCUUUUUAUAGCUGUCUGUCGGGUUUAUUGAUACAUGAUCGGCGCGAGAGGACGUUUGGUGGACUCUCAGUGAGUCGUUUAAGGAGUUUUGACCAGAAGAGGCUGCUGCUGCUGCUGGAAAAUGCCGCUGUUUCCAUGGAGUCUGCUGGUUGGCGUGCUGGUGUUUAUUCUGCCGGCUGUGCAUGCGGAUGAGGAAAAUUCUUUAAUGAUCGUAGGAUGGCAGGACGUCUGGAUCUUCCGUUUGUUUCUCAAUGUUGUGGGAUACGCCACCAUCAUCAUCCCAGGAUAUUUACUGUUCAGUUACUUUAAAAGAGUCAACUAUCUAGAAACAGGCCGAGGUCUCUGUUAUCCUGUCAUAAAGACGUGUGUGUUUGGGAACGAGUCUAAAGCGGGACUGCUGGACGAUGCAUCGGCGACGCCUAGAAAUGAGUCUGAAUCCAGCUCAACUGCUCGACAGGCCUUCAAACUCAUCUUCUGCGCUGCUGGGCUCCAGGUGUCGUAUCUGACAUGGGGCGUUCUUCAGGAGCGGGUGAUGACGCGUUCGUACGGCGCGGAGGGCAGCGGCGAGCGCUUUAAAGACUCUCAGUUUCUGGUCUUCAUGAACCGGAUCCUGGCGCUGACGGUGGGCGGUUUGUGUUGCGUUCUGUUCAAGCAGCCCCGUCACGCCGGACCCAUGUACAAAUACUCCUUCGCUUCUCUUUCCAACAUCCUGAGCAGCUGGUGCCAAUAUGAAGCGCUGAAAUACAUCAGCUUUCCUACGCAGGUUCUGGCCAAAGCAUCUAAGGUGAUACCCGUGAUGCUGAUGGGCAAGAUCGUCUCGCACAAGAGCUACGAGUAUUGGGAAUACUUCACCGCCAUGCUCAUCUCCGUCGGCGUCAGCAUGUUCCUUCUCUCCAGCUCCACAAGCAAACAUCUGUCCACCGUCACGACCUUCUCCGGCAUCAUUAUCCUGGCGGGAUACAUCGUAUUCGACAGCUUCACGUCCAACUGGCAGGACAACCUCUUCAAAUACAAGAUGUCCUCUGUGCAGAUGAUGUUCGGAGUAAAUCUCUUCUCUUGUCUCUUCACGGUCGGCUCUCUCCUGGAGCAGGGCGCCUUCUUCGACUCGCUAGCGUUCAUGACGCGUCACUCCGAGUUUGCGUUUCACGCCGUGCUGCUGUCCAUCUGCUCGGCGUGCGGUCAGCUCUUCAUCUUUUACACGAUCGGGCAGUUCGGCGCGGCCGUCUUCACCAUCAUCAUGACCCUCCGACAGGCUUUCGCCAUUCUUUUGUCCUGCUUCCUCUACGGUCACGCCAUCACGCUGGUGGGCGCCUUCGGCGUGGCCGUGGUCUUCGUCGCUCUCUUCCUCCGCGUCUACGCACGCAGUCGCAUGAAGAAGUCCGGCAAACGACCACCGCAAACUCUGGUGCAGAAAGUUUAGUCGCACGGACAUGAGGCCACAUUUUCGUGGUUUGUUUUUCUUUGGUUUGCUCCAGAACUUUCUGACUUUGUGGUCAAAGGGUACACAAAGGGAUUACUCUUUAUUUUUAAGGGAUUUCGGUCUGAUGUCGGUGAAAGUUGCGUACGAGUUGUUUUUGCGUGUACUGGAUGUGUCUGAGGCUGAGACGGUGCGAUCGAUCGCUGAGCCCUCUAUAUUUGUAAUUUGGUACUAAAUUAAAUACGGUAAACCUCUCGCAUUGAGUUUUUCUAUUUGAACGUUGGAUUUUUGUGAGGAGGAUGAAGUUUGGCUUGGGUUGAGAUGUAAAGUUAAACCCCUGCUUUUGUUCCUAACAUUUAAUAUCUAGGACAAUGGGUCUAAUUCACUAAUCAUGCGUACGCACAAAUUUGUUCGUGAAAUGUGCAUUCGGACGUUUUUACUAACAAAUCAUGAAUCAACAAAACGUUCAUACAAAAAUUUAUUUUAAAUGUAUCCAAAACCGUAAGAACUACUUAGACCACAUGUAUGCAAUAAUCAUACAUAUUCAUAUUCAUGCAUACAUUUAAAAUACAUUUUUGUAUAAAAAAGUCUUUGUUGAAUCAUGAUUUAUUAAUUAAAACAUCCGUACGCACAUUUCACCAACAAUGUGUGUGUACGCAUGCUUAGUAAAUGAGACCCAUUGUCAUUAUCCAUUAGGUUAAGGUUUAGUUUUGUCUACCCAUCAUUCGUGCGAGUGUCAUGAUUUAAAGAUGAAGUUUUACAGGAUGAAUAUCAGACCAUCAGUGCCUGUAAAAGUCUGAUCUGAUCAACAGAUCAUUUAUAGAAAUACUGUUACAGUGAAAAUGUGUGCGCUUAUGUGAGAGAUUUCUUUGCAACGAAAUGUCUAGGUCAUGAAACAAAAGAGAAAAAUAUACAUUUUGCAUGAAUGAAUAUCAUUUUUAGGACUGUUUAGGAACAUUUUUCAGUAUUUCAUGACAACGUAUCAUGGUUUCAUUCUUGUAUUAUAUUACUGUAAAGCAGCAAUAAACGUAUCUGUACAUUUUAUUUUAAAAUAAUGAAACCAGACACGCUUUACAAUUUAAACAAGAUGAUAAAAAAUGCUGGAUUAUUUUAAACACAGCGUUGAGUCAGAAAGGGAUAAACCCAUCCCAUUGGGUUGUAAUUUAACCCAUUGUUGGGUCAAAAAUAAAAAAUUUCUGGGUUAAUUUAACCCAGGGGCUAGAUUUGUCCCUUUUUGAUCCAACACUGAACUGUUAACAUUUUUUGCUGCCUUAAAUUUAAAAGUUUAAUCAACUUGGAUUCACAAGUCAUUUUAACUUAAUUUUAUUUUCUUGACUAGAUGAGUUGUUAUAACUUGUAAAAAAUAGUUAAUAUCAACAAAAAAACAAAUCAAUUUCAUUUUCAAAGUUGUAGCAACUCAUCUCUAGUCAAGAAAAAAUAAUACACUGCAAAAAAUGAUUUUCAAUACAAAUAUUUCUUAGUCUUGUUUUCAGUAAAAAUAUCAAAAAAUUCUUAAACUAAGAUGCUUUUUCUUUACAAGUAAAACGACCCAAGAAAAUAAGUCUAGUUUUUAGACCAAAAAUAUCAAAUUUAAGUGAUUUUGUCCAUAAAACAAGCAAACAAAUCUGCCAAUGGGGUAAGAAAAUUCAUCUUUAAUUUUUUUUAUUUAUUGUUUAAAAUUUUUUUUCAAGAUUUUGGUAACACUUUACAAUAAGGUACAUUAGUUAAUGUGUUAACUAAGAUGAACAAACCAUGAGCAAUACAUUUGUUGCAGAAUUUAAUCAUCUUUGUUGUUAAUGUUGGUUAAUAGAAAUAAAGCUUUUAAUUGUUUGUUCAUCUUAAUUCACUGUGAAUUAACUAACGUUAACAAGAUUUUAAUAAAGUAUUAGUAACUGUUGAAAUUAACAUUAACAAAGAUUAAUAAAUGCUGUAUAAGUGCAGUUCAUUAUUCAUUCAUGUUAACUAAUGUAGUUAACUAAUGAAUCUUAUUGUAAAGUGUUACCAAGAUUUUUUGCUUACCCCAUUUGCAGAUUUGUUUGCUUGUUUUAUGGACAAAAUCACUUAAAUUUGAUAUUUUUGGUCUAAAAACUAGAUUUAUUUUCUUGGGUUGUUUUACUUAUAAAGAAAAAGCAUCUUAAUUUAAGAAUAUUUUUAGAUAUUUUUACUGAAAACAACACAAAAAUACUAAGAAUUUUUUUGCAGUGUAGUUAGUUAAAAUGACUUGUAUCCAAAUUGUUUAAACUUUAUUAGCAUGUACAGUAUAAAAGUAAUAAUAGUUUUGAUGUGAAACAUGAACUGGACAUUUCCUUGAUUCUCCUUGAUCUGCCUUCAUUUGUUUGAGCGUUAUGUUUGUGUGUUAGUGAAGAUCAGCCGAUCAUUCUUAAGUUAGACUUUGUAUGAACUUUUCUAAAUCCUCUAGAUUCACAUUCAUGAUGAAGAUUACAGUUUUAUAAAUGUGUCAGGUGAGGUUUAUGGAUGUGUAUUAUAACAUUUACAAACAGGUCUAAAGAUAUUAUUAUUAUUAUUAUCUAUAUUCAAUAAUUGUUUAACAUGUCCUUGACACGUUUGUUUAUUUUCUGGGUUUGUUAGUGGAAUAGAUUUGUACAGAUUUGUUUUCAAAGACAAUAUUUACAUCCACCAGUAGUGUGUGUCUUUAACUCCAACUAUUUUAACUCUGUCAAAAUGCAUACAAACAUGUUUUGAAAUGAAUCUGUUGUAGUGUAAGGUUUUAUGUUGUCUAUCAUUUGAUUGAUUUGUUUUUAUUAGGGAUCUCCAGAAUGAACGUUGACUUAUAAUCAUAAGUUUAUUUUACAGGUUAGAUGUUUAGUUUUUUUUAACUUUAUUUUAAAUUUAUUUGCACAUAUAGUCCAUCAUUAUUGUUUUAAACAUUGUUUUUGUUAGGCUUUUUUUUAGCUUUAACUAAUGAAUGUUGAAAGUUAAGUUGUGGGUCCUUCUUAAAAGUAACCAAAAUAUUUAUGUGAAAACUCACUUUUCUCUUCAAUCAAAAUCCGUUUGCAUUAUAAAGAUACAGAUUUAACACUAAUCUGAAUUAAACAGUACAGCAGGAAUGGCACGAGUAAGAUUUAAUAAAUGAAUGAUAUAAUCUAUAAAGAACUUGAAGACGGUUAAAUACUGUAUAUUUUUUCAUUAUUUUCAUCACAUUUACCUCCUCAAUACUUAGACAGUCAUUUACCAUAGUUACAGUAAAGUGUGCUAGUAUGCAAAUAUCACCUUGACGUGUUUAUGACAGGUUUUACGAGAUGCACCCGGCUGUCAUUUCAGGUCUGAUCACAAAAUUAAAUAACAUUGAAAUGUCAAGCAUUGAUUGAAGAGAUGGAUUGUAAAGGAAUGUGAAAUGACUUGUGUGAAAAUGCUAAUAAUGUAGUCUUAUUAACUUCUUAUAAUUAAAUUAAUUUGAUCACUUGACCAAACUGUGUCGGAUUUGUUGCAUCCCUUGUUAUCAAAGCAAAACAAACUGCAGUAUUUUUGUUUUUAAAAUGGUUUUGUGUUAUUUUCAU